CGCUGGUAUCUCUAUAUAAGAUGUCUGGCUAUUUGGUUUGUAAAUCGGGCUUUGGCCUUGGCAAGGUUGCCAAAUUGAUGUUGGCUUCCGUUGUGGUACUUAGUUCUUUGAGUACUAACGUUUGGGCUGACAAAGCUGAAGCACCUAAGAAGCCCGUUGAGAAAAAGAAAGAGGGUGGUCUAUCUUCUGGUUCUUCAAAGGAGAAUUCACAGAAAUUGCCUCCCCAAAACUACCCAUCAAUCAUUACCACCAAUAAUACAGAAAAGACAUCACUAAACGAUUUAUCUGUCUCAAUUGGUCCUGCUCAGAACUCAUAUCUAUUUUGGAUUAAGAAGGGCGAUGUUGAUCUUUCUGUGUUGAAGGAGCGCAUUAGUGUAUUGUUGAACAUUGUAACUAACUAUGGUCCGGGAACACCAGGCUUUGGGAUUUCUGAGAACAUUGUGGAGUUUUUUAACAAAAGGGGUAGCAUUGAUGUACCAGAGGAUAUUGCAAGGGAUCUUUGUCGUUUGCCUUCAGGAAAAAUGAUACUAUAUUCUUGGACAUGCUUCACCGACAUGUUUGCAAGGUUUAUUGCUGAAUUACUAACAGUAAACGCCUAUGGCGAGUUACCAAAAACGAAAGACGAAAUGAAGGAAUUUGUCAAGGCUUUUGGUAAUCAAAAUCCCAAGGAUUACUACAAAAGCAGACAUGAUUCAUUUGAUAAAAUUAGAAAACACAUUUCAUCCUCCUUGGGACGUAAGCCUAACUUUGAGUAACGUAUUAAAGAGAUGGGUAC